AUGUCACUUACUAAUCCCAACCUAGAAGGUUACCACGUUGCUCGUAAUAUGUGGAUGUUGUAUUACAAUAAAUCCGAGAACAACUAUAUAGCUCCAAAAAAAUGUUCAGGCUGUUAUGACGAUAAAAAGUUUGUUAUUUGGUCUGUUUCAGUUGCCUCUCAAGCAAUUGUCGAUGCUGCUAGAAUCUAUAAGGAAUUCGUGCCGUUAGUUGACCCAGCAAUUAAUAUUUCUAGUAAAUAUAAAAAUAACCACCUAAAGGGAUACUCGGCAGCAGAAAAUGCCGGAACAGAUGAAGACAUUUACUAUGAUGACGACGCACAAGUUGCUAGUGCAAUGAUUACUGCGUAUGAAGUCACAGGAAAUAAAAAACAUUUGGAUCAGGGUAGAGAGUUAGUUCGGUUUUUAAUGGGUGGUUGGAACACCAACCCCGAUGCAAAGACAAAAGGUGGUAUGAAAUGGCAUUUAACCAAUGCUUAUUUAAAUGCAUGCACUACAGGAGAAACAGCUAAGGCUUGUUUGCAAAUUUCGAAGUUUAUUCCUAAUGAAGCAAAAAUCUAUGUUGAUUUUGCUGCCAAAUGCAUUGACUGGCAAAUUAAAGUCUUGCGUAGCGAACACGAUGGUUUAAUAAUGGAUGGUAUUCAGGAUACUGCAACAAACGUCAACGAUACCAAAUACUCUUACAAUACAGGAACCACUUUAUCAGCAGCUUCACUUUUGUAUAAUAUUACAAAGGAAACGAAAUGGAAAGAUAUUGCUGAUGACUUAGCCAAAGCUGCUAUCAACAGAAACGUAUUCUUCUACGAUCGUGACUACAGUGAUGAUAAAAGAUAUUGGAGAGAUGCUUCGUAUUUUGUGCAGUUGUUAAUUGAAGGAUUGGCUGAUUAUUUACUAUAUAUUGGUAAUGACGCCCCUGAAGGGUUACCUCAAAGAAUUGAAGAAGAGAUUAGGAGACAUUUAGUUAUGUUUUACGAGUAUAUGAGAGACCCAAAUGAUGGCUUGUAUAUUCAAAGUUUCGAACCACAUCUUACUUACAGAGAUGUUUAUGAUUCUAAAUACAAGCAGGAAUUCGGCGAAAGAAAAGGCUGGUCCCUUAAAAAGGAAGAUAAAGAUGGAGACGGCAAUCCUCAAAAGUGUUUAAUAGGUUGUGGCUCUGCUGCUAGAGUGUUCUUUCAAGGAGCAAGGGUCAUCCCAAAAAUCUGA